CGUCUGUAUAAAGGUUUGUCUCUCAGAUGGAGCUUUCAUGUUCGAGCCAUGGUCUUCCUGUGGAUCCUCUCCUGCUUCGCCUUCGUCGGCGCCGCCUACGGUCAGAGAGGUUGCGGCACUCCCGCCAUCCCCCCCGACAUCAGCGGUUACUCUGAUAUCGUGAACGGCAAGGAGGCGAAGCCUCACUCCUGGCCCUGGCAGGUGUCCCUGCAGAGAAGACCUGGUUCCCACUUCUGCGGAGGCUCCCUCAUCAACGAGAGUUGGGUGGUGACCGCCGCUCACUGUCCCAUCAGGAGGUCGACUCUUGUGGUUCUCGGCGAACACAACCUCCGCUCCUCUGCGGAAGACGUCCAGGUGAUGAGGGUCGGCCAGGCGUUCCCACAUCCCGACUACAACAGCCCCACCCGCUUUAACAACGACAUCCAGCUCAUCAAGCUGGCCAGACCCGCCCAGAUAAACAGGCGUGUUUCCCCCGUGUGCGUGGCCGAGACCAGAGACAACGUCCCUGCAGGCAUAACGUGCAUGACCACCGGCUGGGGCUGGACCAAUGGCAACGGUAACCCGGCCACCCGGCUGCAGCAGGCAGCCCUCCCCCUGCUGACCAAUAGGCGGUGCCGUCGAUUCUUCGGCAGCUCUAUCACCUCCAAGAUGAUCUGUGCCGGAGCCAACGGAACCUCCAGCUGCAGGGGCGACUCUGGAGGUCCUCUGGUCUGUCAGAAGGCUGGUGCCUGGACUCUGGUUGGUGUCGUGUCCUUUGGAAGAGUCCCCUGCAAUACCAUGACGCCUGCUGUGUACGCCCGCGUCACAGCACUGCGCGCCUGGAUAGACCGGACCAUCGCCGCCAACUGAGAGAGUUUCACUUGCUCAAAAUGAAGCUCAAUAAAACAUACAAAAUAUAAAACACACUGCUUGUUCUUAUUUAUUCACAUCAAAGUAAAAAAACUGUUCGACAUGAUGCUGUUGGAAGUCAGGAAGAGGUUAGUUUAGCAUCAAGACUGGAAGCAGGAGAAAACAGCUAGCUUAGCUUAGCAUAAAGACUGG